GCGUGUGGCGGAAGAGGAUAUGACGUACUCACCGGUUUCAAUUGUUGGUCCUGCAAUUUCACCGUGGUUCGAUUGUUUUGCUCCACGUUUUUUUUGUGGCCUUUCUUUCAAGAAGUCCAACGACUUUUCUUGGGCGAGGCGGCCGCUGGCAGCAGCAGAAGAAGCAGAAGCAUGUCUACUGCGCUGGAAAGCUACAUUAACCGUACGGUGGCCAUCGUGACGUCAGACGGCAGAAUGAUUGUGGGCACGCUGAAGGGCUUCGACCAGACCAUCAACCUGAUCCUGGACGAGAGCCACGAGCGCGUGUUCAGCUCGGGUCAGGGCGUGGAGCAAGUGGUUCUGGGACUUUACAUCGUGCGGGGAGACAACGUGGCCGUGAUCGGCGAGAUCGACGAGGAGACCGACUCCACGCUGGACCUGGGCAACAUCCGGGCCGAGCCGCUCAACUCGGUGGUCCACUGACACCUCCGACGUGUUGUUUUUCUUCGAUUUUUGAUGGACUUCAUGUUCUCUUCCAUGACCUUUUAUGCUCUCAGUGCUUUAAUAAAGUUUGUGAAUUUUGGACAA